ACGGGAAAAUAACUUCAGCUUUGCUGGAAAAUGUCAUUCGCCUUGUAUGCAUUUUGUUUUUCUUUUGUAAUAAAUAUUAAUUGGCUUGCUAAAAACAAGUAAUGAGAAAAAAUUAGUUCAUCCUUUCAGGCAAAGUUUUUUGUAGUUAAACGUAAUGUAGAAGUGGAUAACAAUAAAUUGUAUAGAGGACAAAUUGGAUGUGUUAUAGAAAUGGCCGAAACGAGUACAAUGAACUCCGAUAAUAAAGUGGAGCAGAACGAGAAGAAACAAUCCAUGGAGGACAUUAAGACCGAGUCGGAGGUGCAGGUGAAGCACGAGCAGUUGGAAUGUGUGACGUGCGCGAGCCGCAGCCACGACUGUGUGGAUAUUUACUCGACGAGAACCCUCGCGUCCGGUGCCAAACUCACCACCUUCCUGCACAAGUAUACGCAGACUGACCUGGCCAGCCUGCAGGCCUGCUCCAAGUACAUGUGCAAGACUUGCUACGAUCUCAUCAACGUACUUGAGCAGGCCGAGUUAGAAUACUUCAAGCUUAAGGAAACGUUCGAAGCUAUCAUUAGCAAGAACCCAUUGUUCGAGUCGCACGGAGCCCAGCCGGUCAAGCUGACCGCCGUGAAAGCAGAGUUCGAGUGUGAUGACGACGAUGAUGACUAUGUGUGCGACAAUUUGGAUGGAGAUGAUUCAGACGACGAACCACUGGCCACACAGAGCAAACGAAAGAGAUACAAACUCGAAAAGAAAAAGAAAAAAGUAUCUUCAAACAAACGUAAAAGUAAAGCUAACAGUGACAGCUGGAAGUGUGAUGAGUGUGGAGUGAAGGGAUCGUCCGGAGGAGAGGUGGGGCUGGCCGCGCACAAGUUGGCCGUGCACACACUGGACGACACCGCCACCGUGCUGCCUGAGGUCAAGAUUGAGAACUCUGCUGAAGGAUCACAAAGUCCUUUGUAUAACAAUGGCUACGGGAACUGCCUCAAAGUGGAGAUAGACAACUGUGAUGACUAUAGUUUAGCUGUGGAUGACCUUAGCAAUGACGCACAACCUGUGAAGAAGAAACUCCUUGGACGGCCGGUCAAGACAAAAAUGAAAACUGCACAAACAAGGAGUAAAAAGGUGAAAGUCAUCCACCAGUGUGACCAGUGUGAUGCUAAGUAUUCUUCAUUAGCUCGGUUGGAGCAACAUAAACAGAAGCACGACGGGUCGAAGCCGCCGUACAUCUGUGAGGUCUGCGGCGCGCACUACAAGCACAAGCGGGCCUGCGACAUACACAUCGCAUUACAUAAAGGUAUAAGUGAUUGGAAAUGUGAAGAGUGCAAUAAGUUGUUCCCGUCCAAGAAUGCGCUGCAGAGGCAUAAUAAUAUACACACUGGCAAGUUGAACUAUCAGUGCGACCUGUGCGGGAAGUCGUUCAUCCACACGUCGUCGUUCAAGAUGCACAAGUUGUCCCACUCGGGGCUGAAGCCUCACGCGUGCGACGUGUGUGGUCUGGCCCUGAUGACCCGCUCGCACCUGAAGCGCCACAAGCGCGUGCACAGCGGGGAGAAGCGCCACGAGUGCGCCGUCUGCGGCAAGCGCUUCUCCGAGCGAUACAACCUCGCCGCGCACAGCAAGUCGCACGACGCCAGCGACACCGCGCCCGCCGCGCCGCGCAGACAUCUCUUCCGCUGCCCCUACUGUCCCGAGAGAUUCGAACGACGCUACAUGUUGGAGCGCCACGUGUCGUGCGUGCACGGGCGGACCCUGGAGCGUCCCCCGCCGACGCCGCGCAACACCAUGAGCAAACUGCUGAAGGCGCAGGCACAGCGCGCACUGCCGCAUCACGCGCCCGUCGCCACCGCGGCGCUCGCCAACGGACAGAAUGCCGAUACGAAAGACGAUCGAAGCUCAGACUCCCGGACGACACCCAUCACUCCUCAAAAACUAAUCGCACAAUUAUCGUCGACUAGCUCGGUGGUGGGCGGCGCGUGGGGCAGUACGUACGCGGCCGAGUUCCUGCGACACGAGUACCCACACUGACACACGCACACACACACACCUGUACAUCACACACACAUCACUUCUGUGUAGCAAUAUCUAACAGUUGUCAGCUACUGGGACAUGUACCCGUUCUUGAUUAUAGGUAACUCACAACAAUUCGCCCAUCUGUUACUUAGGUAGGAUUGGAUAUGAAUAAUAUGUAAAUGGAUCAAAGUGCAGUAUUCUCACAAAGAAUAAAGAGAUUAAAAAUAAAAAUACUGCAACCGUCAGUAAGUGUUAUGUUACAGGAGAUCCGGUGUCUGAACUAUGUAGUAGUUGCACAAACAUGUAAUUAAUUAUAUGCUAUGCAGUGUUAGCAUCACAAGUAUAUAGUUUGCCCUAAACAUUCAAUGAUGACUGAUAGAAUCUCCAUUAGGUAAUGACUUGUACUGAACAAUUUACUAUAUUUACACAUGUAGGUACACAACUAGAACAAAUGAGAUAAUUUAAACAAAUUCUUCCAGUUAACUCAAGUCUUGCAUGAAAUGAUAUAAUAUCCAAAUGUAAAUACUUAGUAUAGCCAACCUAAACACAACUAGACUAGACAAAUAUUAUUUACCUUUAACAUAUUAUAUUGUAAAAAUAUUAUAAAUAUAUUACUGUUUAAGUAUAUUGUACUAUAAUGUUAUAAAAAUAUUUUUAUACUAAACACACCCUGGAUUAGUUUCAUAUAAGCAAAAGCAUUGUAUUGUCAUCAGAUUUACUUUAAACUAAGCAUUUGUAUUAUAUUUAAUUAAUAUACUUACUUACAGUUAAUUAA